AUGGAACUGGAUCGAUUGAUAAGGAAACGCCGAGCGAUCCGUGGAGCCACAACGAGGCUACUGCAAACUAUGGACACGGAGCUAAAUCGGGACCCCGCUGAUGUUGGACGCUUACGUGAGUUACUGGCGAACCUGUCCACUAAAGAGGAAACAUUACGGGAGUUAGACCAAGGAAUUGAGGACGCGAUAGCGACGGACGAUUUGGAAGCAGAAAUCGCGAGCACUGAGGAUUAUAAGGAAAGAGUCAUCACGCUGAGGACACGUGCACAGCGAGCGGCGCAAGCUGUGAAGAAGGCGUCAGAUGUGGUUGCAUUAAGACAGCUCUAUGAUGAAUGUGAGAUCCAAAUACGAAGUCUGGAGUCACUGGGAGUUGUGUCAGAGACUUAUGGCAGUUUGCUUUGCCCCAUCCUGCUGCAGUUGAUACCAGAGGAGAUCACACUUCAGUACAGCAGGCAACGAGCAGCUAAACGCAACACUGUGAAGCUGGUUCUGGAAAAUAUGCAGGACAGUGGACAGAAAAUAGAAAUUGAAGCGAUAGAAACUCCACAAAUCUGUACUGCAGUUAUGAAGGUUCCAGGUGAGCCGAUUCAGCGAGAACUGGAAAGAAGAGGUCUGCAGUUUGCAGAUGCGCCAGCAGAUGGUGCUAAUGACUCCGAAUUGUCAGUGCUAAUCGGAGCAGACUUUUACUGGAGCACGGUAUCAGGCCGUGUAGAGAGGCUCACAGACAAACUUGUUGCCCUUGAGAGCGUGUUUGGAUGGUCUGUGCAGGGUCCAGUGACAAUGUCAAGUGUCACUGAAGCAGCAUGUAUGCAUGUACGCAUUGAGGAAGAGGCACUGAUUUCGAGCCAGCUUAAGGCCUUUUGGGAGGUAGAUUCUCUUGGAAUAAUAAAACAUGAACCAAGUGAUCCAGAUGAAGACAAUGCACUCCAGAUGUUUGGAAAAACAACUCAAUUCAAGGAUGGGCGAUAUGAAGUGGAACUGCCAUGGCGGCACGAGAACCCAGAACUUCCAGACAACUACCAAAUUGCCAAGAAAAGAUUUGAAGGACUGAAACGCAAGUUGCGGGCAGAUGUAAUCUUCUACAAGAGAUACAGCGAGGUGAUAGAGGAUUACCUGCAACAGGGCAUAGUUGAAGAAGUUACUGAUGAUGAGUGUUUAUCACCCACAGUUAAAUAUUACUUGCCUCAUCAUGCAGUGCUCCGCGAAGACAAGAUGACAACUAAGCUGAGAGUGGUGUUUGAUGCCUCAUCACAUGAAGACGGCUGUCCGUCCCUGAACAAUUGCCUGCUAACAGGUCCAAACCUGAACCCAGACCUGCUUGGCAUAUUGGUCAGAUUCAGACUGCAUAAAAUUGCAUUCAUGGCGGACAUCAAGAAGGCAUUCUUGCAAAUUUCUCUUGCUCAGAAAGACAGAGACGCAGUGAGAUUUCUGUGGCUCACUGCUUCACCAAGAGAAGAGGCUGACGAAAGGCUGCGCGUGUUGAGAAUGACCAGAGUGGUGUUUGGGGUGUCCUCAAGCCCAUUCCUGUUGGCAGCUGUGGUGAGAAGGCACCUUCAGCAAUACAAAGAACACCCUCACCCUGUACAGCUAAUCACAGAGUCACUGUAUGUGGAUGACUUUGUGGCCAGCGUCCGUGACAUAGAAGAGGCUUUGUCUGUGACAACUGAAGCCAAGAAAAUCAUGGCUGCUGCUGGAAUGGACCUGUGCAAGUGGAUGACAAACUCUCCAGCACUUAAGGAGAGGUGGAGGAAGACAGUCAUAGGGCCCAUUGAAGAGCCAGAUGCCCACGGAACAGUGCUGAAGGUAUUGGGCUUAGUGUGGAGAACACAGACAGAUGACUUUGUCUUUGACCUAAGACCUCUGUUGGAGAAGCUGACAAUAAGCGGCACAAAGAGAAAUGUUUUGCAACACGCUGCUAGUAUCUUUGACCCUCUGGGUUUCCUAACACCAUUUACCAUUAGGGUUAAAUGCCUGCUGCAAGAAAUGUGGGAGAGAGGGCUGAGCUGGGACGAGAAGCUGCCACCUGAUCUGAAUGGACAAUGGCGCAACUGGCGCUCUGAACUCCCCCUGAUACACCAGAUCGCUAUACCACGCUGGUAUGGAGAAAGGAAUGAGCAGAGUGACAAAACAUUAACACUUCAUGUGUUUUGUGAUGCCAGUGAAAAAGCAUACAGUGCUGUGGCCUACCUACAGUGGGAGGGAGAGGACAGAAAGAUGGCUAGUCUGGUUGCAUCAAAAUCCAGAGUAGCACCACUAAAGAAACUGUCCUUGCCACAUCUCGAGCUAAUGGGAGCACUGAUAGGAGCAAGGCUCGGAAGAAACUUGAUAAAUCUGCUGAAGAUGGAACUCUGUCAGCUUCACCUGUGGACAGACUCCAUGAUUGUGCUACACUGGAUUCGCAGCUCAGCACACAAGUGGAAACAGUUUGUUGCCAACAGGGUGGUAGAAAUCCAGUCCCUCACUGAUCCAGCUGCGUGGUCUCAUUGUAAAGGUAAAGAAAAUCCAGCCGAUUUACCCACACGUGGCCUGUCAGUGACGAGCCUGAGUCAGAGUCAGCUAUGGUGGAGGGGCCCUGCCUUUCUGACCUCCUCUGAAUCUGAGGCAGACUGCGCCGAUCAAUCAGUAAACGAUAACUCUGCUGAGGAAGAAUUGGAAGUAAGCGAACAAGUCACAGUACAUCUCAGCACUGAAAACAACAAGGCAGUAGAGGCGGUGUUAGAUCUUCAAAGAUACAGUAAACUGAAGACUGUACUUAGAGUAACAGCCUGGUUAAAGAGAUUUACAGACAACACACGUUUAGCAACCAAGAGAAAGGGAGAGCUGACCGCUGAGGAGUUAUUUCAACCAGAAAAAUACUGGAUCAAGUUGACACAACACCAAGACUUCAGUCAAGAGCUGAAUCUCAUGAAGGAUGGGAAGUCAACAAACAAGGAUUCAAAGAUCAGAGAAUUAAGGCCCUUUUUUGAUGAAGAUGGAUUGAUGGAAAAGGCUCACUUCUCUGCCAUCAAAACAGCUUUCUGCUGUCAGCGGGACAGCACUGAAUAG